AUGAGUGAAGAGCUCGAAUUAAAUCAUCUGCAGAAUGAUGCUGCAAUUGGUGCGGAUGGCGGUGGUGUUGGUGGCGGCGACAUCGUUGGCGAUGUUAUCGGUGUUGGUAUUGGCGGUCCAGAACUAGCUCCCACAACCAGUAGCAGUAAUUCCAAAGCCGAAUAUUUUAUACAACAAUUAAAUUCGAAUAAUUUCAAGAAGUUGGCCCUGUGUAUGGUCUUGGGCUUUAUUGUUUAUCAUGGCAUACUCAAUUGGCAAUAUGGAAGUGAUUCCUGCCAGUGGCUCCUAUCAAAGGGAAGAUUCAAAGGUGACAAUGAAUGGCAGCCCUAUGGUUGUAUGGUACACAAGUAUAGUCAGACUGAUACCCGACGAUGUUUACGUUAUCUAGCAUUUUGGGGCUAUAAAAAUCAUUUCAUUUUCAUAGGUGAUUAUUCCGUUCAUGAGGUGUACAAAGAAUUCAUAAAUCAUCUGCAUCCGAAUGAUGAUGAUAACAACUCAAAGCUACACCAAACACCGCAACAACACGAACAAGAACAGGAACAACAACCGCUAAGUGAUACCGAAUUCGAUGAUAGUAAAUUAAAAAUGCGUGUCACUUAUAUUUAUGCCAAUGAGGUUUCAGAUAGCUUACUCGAGACCCUAUCCAAAUUGCAAGAUACAAAAGAAGUGAGAGCUGUAUUUAUUGUUGGUUUUACAUAUCGUAACUUUUUAAAAGGCAACGUAACCGAUGAUUUGCUAAAACAAUAUCAAACGAAUUUAACACGACUUGUAAUGCCAUUCGAUCAAUUGGUAGCUGGAAAAUCAACGGUCCUAUGGAAAUUACAAGAUCGUGUUAAUGAGGAGAAAUUAAUCGAUUCAUGGAAAUUGAUUAAGAAUGAAGAUAUCGAUCGGCUGAAUCGUAUAGCACGAAGUGUAUUUCGUUAUACGGAUGCGACGGUGUGGGAGGCAGCAUGGCAAAUAUCAAAUGGUCUGGUAGAUACGGCCAUAGAUGGUUAUAAGUUGUGUACAUUGGGUUUGAAACACUACACCCAGCUGCUGUUGAAUAUGUACUGUAAUGAUAAUAUGAAUUAUAAUGAUGGUAGUUGUUGUAGCAGUGCGGAACCGUAUACGGUAUUGCAGAUAGUUACAUAUGCUGUUUUUGGUGUGUGCAUUGUUUUGGUAUGCGGCAUAUUUCUGCGACGCUGGCUAUUACAUUUACGCGGACAUACUCUCUACACACCAUUACGAGCUGAAAGACAUGGUCUUCAUAUAGCUCCAAACACAACAACAACACCGACUCCUAACAACGUCAAUGGAGGAGCCGGUGGAAUAACAACGGGUCUAACACGUAUCGACUACUCUACACCCAUUGUGGCCCUGGCCAUGUUGGGUAUUAUUAUGGCUUAUUUUUAUUUAUGUGAUCGCACAAAUUUCUUUAUGAAAGAAAACAAAUACUAUUCGGAAUUUAGUUUUUGGAUACCUGUAGGUUAUGUCUUCGCUUUGGGUCUUUUCUUCACCGAAGAUUCAAGAUUUACCAAAGUUCUCAAUCGUGAUCAAUCGGAUGAGCUAAAGGGUUGGAUAUUAUUGGUGGUGCUUAUUUAUUAUAUGACCGGUGCUGAUCGGGUGCUACCCAUACACAUGCAUAUUAAGUUAUUGUUAAGUGGUUAUCUGUUCCAUACGGGCUAUACCCAUUUCUCGUAUAUGUGGCAAACGGGUAAUUCGGGAUAUGUACGAUUUUUCCAGGUGAUGUUCCGUUUAAAUUUUAUGACUGUCAUUCUGUGUUUUUGUAUGAAUCGUCCAUAUCAGUUUUAUUAUUUUGUGCCAUUGCUAUCGUUUUGGAUGUGUGUUAUAUAUUUUUUGUUGUCCAUCCCGCCGCGCAUCACCGCCAGUACCGUGGAGGCAAAUCCCUUGCAUUAUCUGUAUUUAGUUGGCAAAUUUGUAGGUUGUUUUAGUGUCGUCACCAUACUCUUUAUGUCGGAGGUGUUUUUCGAGCGAAUAUUUGUUACAAGGCCCUGGAAGGCUUUAUUCGUUACCACCGAUGAUGACAUCCAUGAUUGGUGGUAUCAAUGGAAAUUGGAUCGGUAUACGGUUAUGUUUGGUAUGAUAUUUGCCGCAUGUUUUCAUAUUGCUCAGAAAUAUAGCAUUUUUGAUGAUAAUAAUCAUGGUAAUUUAUUUGCCCGACGUACCUCGAUAACGGUUACACUGUUGGCGUUGUUGGGUGUGGGUUUCUAUACGGCAUUUUCAUUCCUUUGUCGUAACGAGCAAAAUUGCGAGGAAAUACAUUCGUAUAUUGUUUUUAUACCCAUCAUAGGUUAUAUUAUUCUACGUAAUAUAUCGGGUAUAUUGCGUACCCGCUACUCAACAUUUUUCGCCUGGUUCGGACGCAUAUCAUUGGAGUUGUUCAUCUGUCAAUAUCAUAUAUGGUUGGCAGCCGAUCGCCAUGGUGUGCUGGUGCUGCUGCCCGGCUUUCCCACACUCAAUAUGAUUAUCACCUCGUUUAUAUUCGUGUGUGCCUCACACGAAGUACAUCGCAUCACACAAAUAUUACUGCCAUUUGCAGUACCAAAUGACUGGAAAUUAGUAACACGUAAUUUUAUAAUAUUUCUAAUAUUAUUAAUACCCAUAGCUCAUUCCGAUGGUAUGUUUUGA